GCUGCGCUGGUCAAGGUCGGCGGCAUUGUGUUAUCGGGAGAUUCUGCGAGCUGGUGGGGAGGAGUAUUGACAAUAGGACAAUGUACACACGACGGCGUGAGUGGAAGAAUGACCCGAUGUCGCUGCCGCCAUCUGUUAGAAGGCCUGUCAGGACGCCCAGCAACUUUCCCUUGCCAUCCGCCAGCAAAUCGCUCGCCAAGGGUGCCAUUGCCGGCAGCAAACCGCUCGCUAAGUGUGAGGGGAGCAACAACAGACGAUGGAUGCAUCACCAUGCAUGCAAUGUGUUGAGAAUCUGAUGAUCUCUGGCCUCCAUUUGUGUGGUGCAUUGCAGUGAAAUUGGAGGCCGAGAGGAGCAACAAGGAGACCAAAUUGUGGACGGUUCCUUGAUUCAUUUGUUUUGCUGGGUGCAGAUCUACGGUUGUGAUAUUGGAAGAUGAAACAAGUUGUGAUAGCCGCGGUAAAAGGUAUUUCACACAAAUGAUGAUGGUUUUUUGCAUGCAUCCAUUAAUUGUGCGAAUCGCCUGUGAAUGGGUGUGCAGCGUGCUGAGGGGAUAUCGUGAGUGCCUGAGCAGCUCGUCGCACGAGGAGCGAGCAGAGGCGGACGAACAUGAAGACGAGUGCGGAUGGGUCUUGAUGGACACACAUCCAGGUACGAAGGAAUUCAUUAAUGAAUGCAUGAAUGAUGCAUGGCUGUUUCAUCCUUACUGCCUUCACAGGCCGGCUGUGCGGGCGACAUACCGAUGACAGCGAAGACGAGCAAGGUCGGGAGUGUCCUUCUGACGGAGGGCGACGCGGCGUCGUCUGGGCGGGCAUUCAUGUCAGAGGGCCGCAUGAGGGGCGAGGGCUCAGUGACCCAUGGCCACUGCAGUGGGGAAAACACCGACGGAAGCACUCAGUCGGACAAGUGAGAAAGAGAGAGAUGGAACACACAUCACGCACGCACGUGUCCAUAUGUCAUGCAUGACAUUUCCCUCCCCGCCUUUGUGGAUUCGUGUGCGUCUUCAGUGUGUUUGUUGGCGCCAAGCCUGCCGUGUCUGACGUUGCCCAGGGCCCUACAGAUGCCACGCCGUCACCGCCCGCACUGCCCACAGCCACACCCGCACCCCCCCGCACAGACAAACAGACCACAGAAACCGCCAAGACGUAAGACGCGGAUCAGCUUCCAUGACACAAAAAAGCCACAAGUUAGGGAUGUGUGUUUUGUGUUGUCUGUGCUGCAGCGGUGUUGUGUCUGGCAAGGAUAGCGCCAAGAAGAAGACUCGACGCAAGGCCACCGCAACCACCAACGCUCGCCCCCCGCCUGUCCCACCCACCGGCAAGAUCACUAUACUACACCCCGAUUAUCGCCCUCCCCAGGUGCGAGCGACAUACCGACCCACCGUGGGUCGAUGUCGAUGGAAGCGGUGCCCAAAGGGGGUAGGAGAGCAGCAGCCUGUCAGCCUGACUGAUGGAUGUUCAUUGUUUAUUCUGUGUCCCCGACGUUCUCUCAGCCGUCCGAAUAGACUGAACGCAGAGGUGGCGUGCGGUGAAACCGAUGGCUGUCUGCAUUUUAUAUCUGUUGGCCCAUGAUACUCAACUCUCGGGCGCUGCUCAUCUACCGCAAUGACGCCCCAGCGGCCCCACAGGUACGUAAGUGAGAUAGACACAAAGGAGGUAAUCAUGAACAUUCGCUCAUGUCUCUUCUCUUUCGUCUGUCUGUCUCCGCAUAUUUUGCCGCUUCGGCGGCCAACGAGAGAUCUACCAAGCAGCAUGACGGAGGUGCGCGAAUCACUGGCUCGCUGGGCGUCUCGUUGUUGCAGUUUGUGUCUGUGAUUGCGGUGAUCUACAGGCACGAGUCAAGUUGCUGGAGCUGCAGUUGCGUGACAUCGUGUCACACGGGCAGAGAAGGUAUUUCAUGUUGAUCUCUGUUUGUGCCCUGUGUGUUGCAGCUAGUCGAGUUGCUCAAGUCGAAGCUGCGAAAUGCGGAGAAGGACGACAACAACCUCGUCGACCCUGGGCGAACAAGAGGGUAAUCGAACACGUGUUCACUCACGGCCAACGUCAUCUUCUGUGUGUGUGACCGCAGACCGCCGGAAUCCAGUACACGGCGCCUGCCAAAAGGAGACCUUCACGCGCCACGCUCAGACCACAAGCGUACGUCCAAAACUCGAACAGACAGCACAGGACACCACGCGUGGUCCUCUGUUUAUCGCUGCAUCCAUGCAGACAAUGGUUGAUGCGGCCGUGCAGGACGGCCAACGUGAACCACACACAUUCACCCACUCACAACAUGGCGACAUCCAAGUGCACCUGCCUGCGUCUGUGCGUGGGUUGUGUGUGUGCAGGUCGGUUCGGCCCCUGCUGGUGCUGGUGGCGUUGGGAAGACGUCCUAUCCUGGGGCAGAUACAGGACGUGCCGCACUCUCUCACAGGGUCACCCAGCGACCUGCGAAGAGCACGUCGGCUGCCAAGAUGCAGAUCUAUCGCCUUCUACAUCUUGUACCUGUGGGCCUCUUCGACUUUAUCCAAGCUUGGCUGCCGUGCAUGGGUCGCAUUUAUAUUCCCGGCGGCCCCACAGGUACGUAAGUGAGAGAGGAACGAAGAGGGUCACGGACAUAUUCGCUCAUGUCUCCUGUCUUCUCUCUUUCUGUCUCCGCAUAUUUGGCGCUUCGGCGGCCACCGAGAGAUCCACACCAACGACACUGACACUGCAAGACUUCAUCACACAAAAGGUCGCAACAAAACAUGACUGACACGAGAAGGCCGUGAAUGCAUUAAUUAGCACUCUUGACUUCUCAUCCGGUGUCUUGCUGUCUGCCUGUCUUUGUGUGUGCAUCCAUCCAUCCAUUAGAAACCAGAAUCCAAGGCCAACAAGCCACGCCCCCACCGCCCCUCCCAGGCCCCAGCGGCGGGCACACCCACAGCCACCAUCGCCGUCCGUGUCGAGGAAGCCAAAAAAGGUGUGUAUAUGUCUAUCGCAUUUGCACGUCCGGCCGUGUGUGUGUGUGGCCUUUUUGGUGUUGUCAGGACAAGCCCAAGCAGGAGGCACAGCAGGCGGCGCAGCUCACCACGCUGCUGGCGGCGGUAGAGCGCGUCAACAAGAACAAGAAGAAGAAGGCGUCAGCAGGGGCCAGCGGUGUCGGUGCUGGUGGUGCAGGGGUUGUUGGUGGUGUUGGGGCCCCCAGCCGGUGACCCCCUCCCUCCCCAUGCCCCGGUGUCUCCCUGCCCACUUCUCCUUGUCCAGUAACAGGGAGACAUGGGUGGGAAGGGCAUACAGAAGACUUGUCUUGUCCUCUCUCUGUGGCUGGGUGGUGUGCAGAUCGCUGGCUACAUUUUAUAUUCGAUCGCCUCAUGACGACUCCUUCAACGAGCUAGAUUGCCUAGUGUUGGUGUCACGAGUGGCGGCGGUGCUACUGGGGGGGCGGGUGUUGGUGAGGGCCUGCCGCCGCCGACGGAGUGUGUCAAGCGUAGCCGACACCGGUAUUACGGCCGUCUCCGUGUCGGUAUUCCCAAUCGGGAAACCGACCCCGACGCCGACACGGCCAUCUGGAGACCCCGUAAGCAAAUACACCUCCUCCCACAGACAAAUGUAUUCAUCUCGCCCUCUACUCCUGAUGUUCUGGUCUUUCAGGUGCCGAUGUUGUGCGGCUCUCAGCUCAAGGCGGGGCAGUCCAAUAUAGAGGUGGGCUACGGCUACGGCAAUUACGGUGUCAACGGCAUGGGGGCGGGCGGCGAUGGUCAGAGAGGCCAAGGUACGUAUGUGCAUGUGUCAGGGGACAGGCAACACGACGACAGCGACGACGCUGUGGAUGCCGCCUGCGUAAGUUCAACACAAGCAAGCACCAUGAACGAUGGAUAUGUGUCAUUAAUUGAUGUGCCUCUGUCGUUUUGUAUGUGCAGUGCAAGCCCUUCAUCGCCUCAUUCCGGCCUUGUUACACUCCCUACACGCCCAGUGCACCGUCCGGCAGAAAGCCCUCACCUUGAGAAUGAUGGUGACGAUUCAUUCUUGAAACACGCGAGCACGAUGGUGUGGGGCUGCAUAUGUAUGAGGGCACAUGUGAUGGUGUCGACACAGAGAGGCACUUGGGCGGGGCAGUGAGACAGUUGGCCGUGAGCGAGGCGACGAGUCCAUGAAGCGAGUGUCACGCUCCAUGCCCAGACCGUCAGGCACACGAAUGUCA